AUGGUGAACGGCACGCUGGCAGACGCAGUGAACGGUACGUUACCGUUGUGGCGGGCGGCGCUCAACAGCAUGCCUCCCGAGAACCAGACCGCCCUGCUGCCUGGUGAAGACGCUUACGAUGUGGGCACGGGCGUGAAGGUGGGCUCCACCAUCCUGCUCGUGGUGCUGAUCUGUGGCGGCACCUUCGGGAACUGCCUGAUCAUCGGGGCGGUGUACGCCACGCCCAGCCUCCGCACCGUCUCCAACAUCUUCAUCGUCAACCUCGCCGUGGCAGACCUCAUGGUCUCCUCAGUCGUGGACACCUUCAACAUCGUCGGGAUCUUAGAUCAGGAGAAGGGCUUGUACAAGCCUUUAUAG